GCCAGAAGUGAAGGAGGCAGAAAGUUCAGCUGUUGCUGCUUUUCAGAAUCUUUUACUAAGAUGCCCUUUCAAAACAGUUCUUCCUGGACAAGGAAACAGAAACUGAUUUUGACAGGGGUGGUAGUGGUGCUUUUGGGCACCAUGACUGUUUUUGUGGUUUUGGGACUGCUCAGGGUUGGAAGGAAGAAGACCCCCACUGCAGAAGAACAGCAGUGGAAAGGCAGAGGGACCACUGAACACCUGGUGGAAAUUGUCCUGGGAAGAUGUUACAACUUCAUUACUACAAUAAAUUCUGAACUCAGAAAUAAAGAUUGUCUCAGAGUAUGGAAACUAUUUGAACAGGCUUUUCUCUACAAGGACCCAUGCAGCAUGACCAAAGAAGAUUACCAGCCUCUAAUGGACCUGGCAAGAUAUUCCAUACCAUGCAACAAGUCCUUAUUUUGGAGCAAAACAUAUGACCUGGCACAUCAUUACACGAAAACAAAUCAUGAUUUCCUCACCUUAGAAGAUACUUUGCUAGGCUACAUAGCAGAUGGGAUUACCUGGUGUGGAAAUCCCUCUGAUUCAGGAGUCAAUUAUGAAUCUUGUCCAAAGUGGACUGAGUGUGAAAAUAAUCCCAGUUCAGUUUAUUGGAAAUUGGCCUCUAAAAUGUUUGCAGAAACAUCCUGUGGAACAGUCCAAGUGAUGCUCAAUGGGUCAACAGCGACUGGAGCAUUUAGAAAAAGCAGCAUUUUUGGCAGUGUUGAAAUUGUUAACUUAAACCCAGAGAAAGUUUCCAAGAUGCAGAUUUGGCUAAUGCAUGACAUUGGUGGACUUCAGAGGGAAUCUUGCACAGGACAUUCCAUUGCACAAUUGAGAGAGAUCUUGGAAAACCGAAAUAUAAGUGUCUCCUGCGAAGACAAUUACAGGCCGGCACAGUUACUUCAGUGUACGAGAAACCCCAACCACACCGCCUGCACAGUUUGUUCCUAAAAUCAUGACAAUGCCGAUAAAAGUGGAAAAGACAUAUUUUGAACAGCUUAACAAAACAGUAAGGAAAUUUAUAUGGCAAGGGAAGAAAGUGAGAAUCAACAUAAAAAUGUUACAAGAUGUGAGACUAUGUGGAGGAUUUGAACUGCCGAAUUGGGAACUAUACUACCAGGCAGCAGCAUUGACUUGGAUGAGAGAAUGGAUUGGACUAAGAAAUAUAAGACUAUUAAAUUUGGAAGGACAUGAUUUACAAUUGGGAUGGCACGCCUUUUUAUAAUAUGGCAGAAGCAAGAUGCAUACUUAUUUUCUAUGUAAGAAAUGCAUUAUUACUAGUGUGGGAGAAGAUCAGAGAUAAAUAUUAUUUGAAAAUACCAACAUGGUUAUCAACAAUGGAAGCGUUAAUACACUCAAAUAUUAUUAAUAUUAAAAAUAUUCUUAGAUACAAGAAUAUAUUAACAGAUAAGGGGGAAUUGAAAGGGAAACAAGAAAUAGAAGAACAAGGGAUUGAGAUGGACAGAUAUACUGUACUCAUAUUCAAAUACAAACAAGAUAUGAAAAAGACUACAUAGUUUUUAUUUAGAAAUGACAGAACUGGAUAAGAUACAGGAACAGAUGAAAAAAUAAUUAAUAUAUAUAUAAUUACCUACUUACCAUUGAAUUAGAAGAAGAACAAGUAAAAGAAACAAUGAUAGCUUGGGCAAAAAAAAUUGGAUAUUCAAUUGAGUUAAAUAAAUAGCAGCAGCUAUGGGAAAGGAAUUUUUAAAUUCCACAGCAUAUAAGAAGAAUCAAUACAAAAUGUUUUACAGAUGGCACAUGCCAACUGAAAAAUUGGCAAAAACAUUUAAAGAUAAAUCAGCUAAAUGUUGGAAAUGCCAUCAGACACCAGGAUUGUAUUAUCAUAUGUGGUGGACAUGUCCAAAAGUGAGAAAUUAUUGGAUUAAAAUUAAAACAUGGGUAGAAGAAAUGAUACAACAACAUAUGGAUUUAAAACCUGAACUGUUCCUAUUGGGUAUCUUACCAGUGAAAUUUAGUAAAGAAAAUACAUAUUUGAUUAUGCACGUUAUAACCGCAGUGAGGAUAGUAUUUGCACAAAGAUGGAAAGCAGAGAAAAUCCCUACAGAGGGAGAAGUAAUUAAGAAAAUACUGGAUUGUGCAGAAAUGAAUAGAUUGACUUUGACAAUUAAAGAAAGAGAGGAAUCGGAAUAUUUUAAGGUAUGGGGCAAUUUUA